CCUGCACCUCGCUGCGAACGCCUGUUGUGCUUGGUAGGGCACGGUAAUUGGCGAGGCACAGUGCGUGGACGGAGAGAUCAACACUAGUGGGCAAUGCUGAGGUGUGCUUGCGCUGCAGACUACCUGGUACACAGCUUCUAUCGGCGGUAAAAUUUUUGGAACGGCGUUACUUGAACAGCGGCAGCCACCUGACUUUAUUCUGCUCCCAGCACCGUCGGCCAACGACCAUAGAUUGCGAUCUCGAUCCCCGAAUAGAAGGAGGGAAAAUACGGAAGCGCCUCGAGCUACCGUAAAGCUUAAACCACGGUUUUGUAUUAGCGCUAUAACGAGGGGAAAGGAAGAAACUCAGCCUGUCUGCGCUGUCUUUGACACCCAAGACUAUGCCGACUCAUCUGGCUCGCUCACGAGCGCCGUUCAGCGCCUCAGCUGCUUUUCGGCUGGGAUUCAGGCCAUUCAGAUGCCCUGCUCGAUCGCGCCAGUUAUUGACUGUGUCUGCUACGCGCGCAACUGAGCGUUCGGAGCGGACCGCCUCCGCCGUCUCAACCGCCGAGCGCACCGUGCACCCUUCCAACCCGCCGGGCUCGCGUCCGCUCCCACCGUUGUACAUCUCCAAGCACGGUUUGGAGGUCCUCGAGGACCCCGUGUAUAACUACGGCGCAGCACACUCGGCUGAAGAGAGGCGGAAGCUUAAGCUAGGGUCUUACCUGCCCUCGGCCGUACAUGAUCUCCGGACUCAGGUCGAUCGGGCGUACAAGCAGCUCCAGCAGCGCCAGGAGAUUGCCGAGCUGGGAGACGCAGAGGAGCAGGCGAGCUUGAUGCAGUACACGUUCUUGCGAAGUCUCAAGGAUCAGAACCAGGUGCUUUUCUACGCGUUGCUGCAAGAGAGCCUGAAAGAGACGCUCAAAAUCAUUUACACUCCCGUCGUCGGCGACUCGAUCAUCAAUUUCUCGCGCCUCUUUCGCAGGCCAGACGGCAUCUUUCUCUCCUACCCUUCCUACGCCGAGGAAGUCCAGAGCCGAGGAAGGGAUGCAGGGAGGCAGUACAUCCGCAAUGCGUUGACACACUAUGGCGAGCUUGGACCCAACGAUGUCGACCUGCUCGUUGCUACCGACGGCGAAGGAAUUUUAGGCAUUGGCGACUGGGGGGUCGGUGGCAUAAACAUUUGCAUUGGAAAGAGCUCCAUCUAUACCCUCGGCGCGGGCAUAGACCCGAAUCGGACGCUUUCCAUUGCUCUAGACGUUGGAACGAACAAUAUGCAGCUUAGGGAGGACCCACUCUAUCUCGGGUGGAGCCACGAUCGCAUCACAGGCGAAGAGUAUGACAACUUUGUCGACGAUUAUGUACACGUUGCCGCCUCCAUCUUCCCACACUCUUUGCUACACUUUGAAGACUUCGGCAACGCAAACGCUUUGCGACUGCUAAACCGGUACAAGGAUCAAGUAGCCUGCUUCAACGACGAUGUGCAAGGCACGGGCGCUGUGGCACUUGCGGCUGUCAUGAGCGUCUGUAAGGUUAAGAAUGAGUAUCUCAAUGAUCAGACCUACGUCGUAUUCGGUGCUGGAACGGCUGGGCUUGGUAUCACGAAUCGUAUCCGCGACGCGCUUUGCACCCGCGAAGGGAUGACCAAAGAAGAAGCAAAUAAACGCUUUUAUUUGAUCGACCGUGAAGGUCUGCUAACGAAGAGUAUGCAAGGCCUACGUGAGGGCCAGGCGGAAUUCGCACGCGACGAGUCGGAAGUUUCCUCAUGGUCCAAAUCGGUGGACACGGAGGGCUUCAGCCUCUUGGACGUUGUCAAAAAUGCAAAGCCUACUAUCUUGAUCGGCGUAUCGGGCCAGCACGGCACCUUCAACGAGCAAGUCGUCAAGGAGAUGUGCAAGCACUGCAAGCGCCCUGCCAUCUUUCCGCUUUCUAACCCCAGUCGCCUAUCUGAAGGCGUCCCAGCGCAGAUCAGUGAGUGGUCCAACGGCAAGGCACUCAUGGCCACCGGCAGCCCCUUCGAUCCGGUUGAUAUCCUUGGUAAGGAAAGGAAGUACAUCGUCGCAGAGAGCAACAACGCCAUGUUCUACCCAGCGCUAGGACUCGGUGUUGUUGUCGCCAAAGCCAAUAGAGUCUCUGACGCACUUAUCGUCGCUGGUGUGGAAGCCCUUGCAAGCCUCAGCCCCGCCCUCAAGGAUCCAGAAGAUGCACUCCUUCCGGACCUGCACGAUGUGCGCAACAUCUCGAUGAAGGUCGCUGCUGCUGUCGUUCGGGCUGCCCAACAAGAAGGAACGGCACAGGCAAAGGGUCUUCCAGAAACGCUAGAAGGUCUGGAAGAGUACAUUCGGGAUCGCGCGUGGGAACCCCUUUACCGCGAACUACGUCCCAAGUCUUGAACUGGCUAGUGCUAGCGCAUGCAUAGAAGUGUACUCG